AUUGCACAUUAUUAUAUUCUAGUGAAGAAAAAAAUCAAAACAAACAUAUAAAAACAUAUCCUCUAUAAAUAUUUCUAACAAAAAUUCUGACUUUAAUAUACAAUUUGUGGUUGCCAGAAUGGCAACUUCAAUUUAAAAAGAGGGGAAAUAACUUCAGAAAACGUUUGAAUUAGUACUCUAAUUUUACAAUUUUUCAAUGAAGGUAAAGAUUUAGACCAAUUUAUAUAUUUUUUAUUAAAUAAAAAAGAUUUUACAAGAUAAAUAAUUUGGUAUUUUAGUCAAACAACUAUAAUAACAUGUUUUUCCCUAUCUAAAGUAAACAGUAUCAUAAUUACAUACAAUUUAAAGGAAUCUGUGUAUUUCUCUUAAAUAAUAGAGUAAGUCCCAAACAAUGAAAAUUAAACAUUUUAAAUGAAAGGUUCAAACUUGCGUUUGCCCUUGUUUGGAGUGACAGUGGGACUGUGGUCCUACCCUCUUUAAAUCCCAGACUCUAAUCCCUGAUAAUCUGUGUUGGCUAAAGGUCUACAACCAUGGCUGCGUGGAAGGAGAAUUUACUGUCCCUUGAACAUUUAUCCGAUUUUAAAAGAAACACUUUUAUCAGUCCAAGAGAGCCUGGUCCUAAAAAUAGGUAAGGUUGGUAAAAAAAUGAGGAAAAAAAAUAAACUUUGUGAUGCUAUAAAGAAACUUUACUGUGGAGCCUGUUUUAUGGUAUAUACAUGUAUAGUUACUUAUAGUUCAAGAGACUACGGCUGAUUCACAUCAUUUUUUUGGUGUUAUUUAAACUAUUUUUUUAUGUGCAGCACAGCAAUGCAUCUGCAACAGCGCUUGCAGCAUUUACGAGAAAGAGAGCGCUCAGCACGGACAUUUAACAGUGAGCUUCUGCAGCAGUUUGACCAAGCCCAGGAUAUUCUGAGAGAAAUGAUGGCCUCCAAUGAUACCAUGAAGACUCUACGGGUGCAUACACAGAAUAAAUACGGAGUAAAUAUUAGAUUUCAUUCAGACAGCUUCGGUUAACAUUACUGUGACUUGUGUAGGUGGAAUACGAGCGAUACCUUGAGAAGAAAGCCCCCUACUGGCAGGAGCAACUUCAGAAGAAAUCAGAGGCUGUCCAUAAAAAGGUAUGGACUGUUGUCAAAUUAAACUAUUAAGCAUUUGUUGAAUAAAUGCUUUCAUGCGUAUCAUUAUAAACAAUAACACAGAAAUGUACAAAAAUCAAUUCACAGAAGAUGGAUGACUAUUUUAGUUCCCAUUUGAAGAAGACAGAAGAAAUGAACAAGACUUCUGCUGAUCAACAAUUAUAUUCACAAGGUUUGACUUUUGAUACUCCCUCAUGAAUCACAUCAAAUUAAAUAUAAAUUAAAAUGAUCAAAUAUACUUCUAAGAAAUGCACAAUUUUAGCAAAUUACUUUAGGGGAUUAACUGUUAUUUACUAAAAAAAACUAUACUAGCUAAACUUUACUAAAAAAAAUAAAAAUUCCUCUUUCAGGAUUGACCAAAAAGCGACAGAAAGUUACUCCACCUCAAGAGAUCAAUGACUCAGGCUCCAACUUAGACUAUGACCAGGAUUUUUCCCACUUGGCUUCCUCCUGGCUCAUUCAGCCUCAAUCCAAGACAUAUCAACUCCCUGUCAGGGUUCUCCACCACUUGGAGGGUUCCUCACAUGUUCCUCCAUGUCACAUGCUAUCGCCCUCCACCGUUCCACAUCUCCACCACUUUGACACCGUGCUUGGUCAUUGUUCUCCCUGCACAAAACAAGAUGGAACACACAUGAGAGAGUCUCUUGAUCAGAGGGAGGUGGAGACAAACAGAAGACCAAGUUCUCUGAGAGAGAGUGAUGGUGGAAGCAGGAGUGAGUUGCUACAGGAGACACGCAUUAGUCCAGGUAAAAAUGUUUAGCUCAAAUCAUAUGAUUAUGAAGUUAAAUGAAGAGUGUAUUUACUCACACAAACAAGUUUAACCAUGCAUUUUCUUAUGAAUAAUUGAGUUGUUUGUCUUCACAUUUCCUCUGCACCCAGUGCGUUCAUCCUGUGGUCAUGCAGAGAGCACUGAGAGCAGCAGGACUUCCUGUCAGGGCAACACAGCAGGGAGUGAGAAGAAGAAGAAAACACAGCGUGUCUCAUCAGACAGUGAAAGAUGCAGCUCAGAGAGGUAAAUUGUACUCACCAAGUAUCAAAACUUCUUUAGGUUGGGUUUCAAUAAAUGCAAUGAACUGGAAUGCCAAAGUUCAGUGAUGUUCAACAAGUUUUUGAGCUCAACCAAAACCACAGUGAGGACACCAAGAAGGAAAAUGCUCAAAAAGAUCAAAAAGAAACAAUUGUUUCUGUAAUAAACAAAAAGUCUUCAAACUGACACUGUUGUCACGUUAGGCAACAUGGAUCAAAAACAUGGAUAAAAUAAAUACAAAUAUUAAGCUAAAGAUAAAUUCAUCUUAUGCAUAGUCAACAUAGAGAGCUGAACAGAAAGUGAGCAGAGCUUUCACACCAACAGCAAAUUUCAAGUGAAAACCCUGCCUCGGCUUUUCUGUAAACAAAGUGUCAUUUAAAAUGUGCAGCACUAUUUCCUGUGUCAAUAACCAGAAUAACACACCGUGUUGGUUAAAUACCUCUCAACAAACUAGUGUCUUGUUGAAGUGGAAACUUCUCAUCGAUCCACUGUUAAACUGGGAAGAAACAUUAGCAUAUCAAGAAUGUGGUGGAAAGACUUGAGAACUUGACACUGGAGAAACAAUGAUCCACCUAUUGAUCCCUGAAUAUCACUAGUAAUGUCUUAUUUCCAGGUCUCCCGAGACGUCCUUAAAUACUGACUAUGGUGGAGAGAAAACUGUUCAAAGUUCAGAGAGUUACAAAUCUUCAGACAAACACAGCUUAAGAAGUAAUGGCCUUUUAAACGCUGUUGCUUCUCCUUUGAAGGAAAAGGUGACAAAUGAAAAGACCAAGAUUGAGAUAGUGGAGUCAGAUGAGGACAACAGCUCUUCAGAUGAGAACUCAGGGAGUCAGAUCAAUGAAUCCAUGGAUGAAGAUGAAGAUGGAGAGGAUCUCAGUCCUGAUAACACAGAGGAUGACUCGGAGCGUUGUAAGAAUAUUCAAGGUAGAGUUGGAAGAACAGAAACACAGACAAGUGACAGCAGCGAUGAACAAAGUAGUGCAGAAGAAGGUGAUGACGAAGACAAGAACCCUGGAGAAGACAGUGAGAAAGAUGAACAACACAAGGAGAGAUGUGUGGAAAAUAUUCACAGGGUGUAUGUCAGAAAAAGCUCCGAGAUGGAAGCAGAAGAUGAAUUAGAGGGUGAACAUGGAGACCAGAGAAAAAUUAAUUCUCACUCACAGAAAAAAGAGGAUGAGAAUAAAGAUGAUAAGAAAAUAACAAGUGAGGAAGAGUCUAAUGAUGAAGAGGAAGAGAAAAGGAGCGAUAUAACAAAAGAGGAGGAAAGCGAUUCUGAUGAUGUAAUCAUCACACCACAAGUGGACAGGCCAAGAACGAUGCGGAACAUUUCAGAAGCAGCAGAAGUCAGAAGUUAUGACUACGAAAAGGAGGAAAGUGAAGCAAGAUCUUUAGACAAGGACCUCACUGAGUCUAGUGAGGAUGAUAUUGAAAACAUGCUUUCACCUCAAGAACCAACAAAGAAGUUGUGAGGGGAUCUUUCAUUUGACAUAA